GACGUCGUAGCGAAACGGACUACGCUUAUACCUCGUCAGCCCCCAGUGACUGUGUUACAGAUUAAAUUACCGGACCUGGCAUUGAUUCCUGUGAAAAACAUUAUAAUGGCGGAUCUGGUAACGAACUUUACAUCGACGAUAUCCCCGACGAUCGCACAAGCUGGCGCAAGAAUUAAAAAUGAAACUAGUGGGGGUCCGGUGAUGAUAUUCGCAAUUCUCGCUGCCCUGUCGCUCCUUACGCUUUUCAUCUCUGCCGCGUUUGUCACUCGGCGCCGUUUAAAGCUACGCAAACACGAGCGAGAAAUAAUCGCCUUGCAAGAGAAGAACACUGUCGCGCGUCCAGUCUCGAAGGCGAUGUCCCCUGAAUACGACAGCGCCAUCUACCUAAAUGAGGUCCACAUGAGAAGUCGUACCCUGAGUCAGACCUCAGCCUUAUAUUUCGUGGAUUCUGCCAGAAAAAGAAUGACCAUUCAAAUCCACAAAGAGCUAUUGAAUGUGUACGGCAAAUGUCCAAAGGUAGGGUUGCUGAUGAUGACCGCUCAGAGCUACUACAAGUCACAUACAAACACGACAGAAGACGUUCCUGCAGAAGCUUUAAAGGCAGUUGAUGCUGCGACAAACCGGAAAACUGUCAUCAGCAAGCUGUUAACUAAUGAUUGGCAAGAAGGCUUGCCUACGUCAUUGAUCUUUAAUGGAAACGCCAGCUCAUCCAGCCAAAUAGUUAAACAGAAUAAGGGCAUAUUAAUUCAUAUAACGAUCGGUCCGAAAGGAGGCCGUAUGAACAUUUCUGGCGUUACACUUGAUAUACCCCCAGGUGCCCUUAUGGAUGACACCUUGGUUUCUCUGGGUUUACUUUGGAACGAGGAUUUCGCUCCACCUCUGACUAAAAAGCAGACAAUGCUGAGUCCAAUGGUUCUUUGUCAGCCUUCUGGUUUGAAGUUCAAGAAGCCAGUGAAGCUGACGUUUCCGCACUCGGCAUACAGAAUUACGUCAGAUUGGGUCCCGAAAGUAAUGAAGAGGGAAGGAAGUCUCGAGAACCAUAGUCAAUGGGAAACACUGACACUAGCGGACUUCUCACAGAUGGAUGUCGGGGAGCAUCGCAUCACCUUGCAUCUAAACCACUUCACGUUAUAUACACUUGUUGGGGAAUCGAAGCAAGGGAAAACGGCUGCAAAACUGGUCCAUUUUGUGGCCUUUACUAACCAACUGAAGCGAGGUUCUCUUUUCAAGCCGAGGAUAUAUUGUUUGAACUCGUACAAAGAUGAAGCCGAGGAAGUUCAGAAACUUCAGAACCAUUUUGAAGGCGUUUCAAAGCUAUCUGACACCAGCGGUUUAAUAGUCCACGACACCGAACACGACAUCUUGGUAGAGCUCGUCAAACUGGGCGAUGGAUGGCAGCAUAACGGAGAAAGAACGGAGGUCUUGCCAUUUGAAAAUGUGUGGCAUGGUUUUCAACCUCACUGCACUUUCGUUAUGCGUCAUGAGAAAACAACUGCGUAUGAAAUAAUAUGCGAGUUCCACGUUUAUCAAGCAGGCGACGACAACAGAUUUGCCAAGCUGAAGAUCGCCGAAGACAUGCCCAUGCCGAAUUCACCCCUGACCCCGACGGAAGAAGAUCCUCUAGAAGAUCUAAUAAGAGAACUAAUCAUUCUGCUCGACCCGCUUAACACGUCUGGUUCGGAAGCGGGUGAUUGGCGCAACCUUGCGGAGAAAUUGGACGUUAAUGUGUCGAGAAUAAGGUGGCUGGAGAUUCAAAGUAGUCCCACGCGCUUGUUGUUAGAAACGUGGCUGGAGAGCAAGAAACCAUUGUCUGAACUGAGGGACAUAUUGUUAACAAUUAACAGACCCGAUGCCGCGGGGGAAGUUGAUAAGAGAGCAGCGAUAUUAGAAACACAUGCCGAGUCAUGACGAUCGCAAUUAAAGAAAGUGAGUUGUAAUGUUAUCUAUCGAGUACUUGUUUGUUUGUAUUCCAUUAGAAUGUACCAUAUUGGUACAGGAUGUAGGGUGCUAGCAUUGGACAUCAGUGAUGGGAAAAACUCGUGUUUUACUCUGAACAGGUCACUCGCUGAGUUUGUUUAACAUAAAAUAAACUAAGAAUGAAAGACUUCGACCCGGAGAAUCGUAUAAUAUAGUUAUCAUUUUAAUUGAAUAGUUACGUUAAGUUUACGUUUUCUUCAAAUUCAUUGCUAUAAAACAUAACGGCUUAGUUAGUUCCAACAAACCCAAACUACAAUUAAUUGUUUAUUUUGAAUUACAAAAUUUCAAUUGAAAAUGCCUUCUUGACUAUAAAAUAAUUGUCGGAUGUAACUUGUUUACGUAAAAUAUAUAGAAGUAUUAGUUUUUACUUAUUAAAUGAUAAUGGUGCAUAUACGUUUCUGCAUGCCUGAUUUAGCACACAUAUAACCAUUUCAUAAGCGAGUUUGUCAAACACAAUAAUCAAACACAAACAAACUUGUGUUGACUUUGCUGAAACGCUUAAGUGGAUUUUUGCUUCCUAGAAGAAAGAUUGAAAAGAAAACAAAAUGACGCAUGUCUAUAACAAUUGAUAGCGAAAGUUCUACACACAUGGUGAAUAUUUUGAAAUAAAAACACUGUUCUAUUGA